AUGGGGACAUCUGAACCCAACGUGGAUACAGAGAAGCACAAUGUGGCUGCUACGGUGGAGGAGGAUUCCAGAGGGCAGAUGGACGAAGGGCCUCGCGCAUGGACCGUUGUCGCGGGGGCAUGGUGCUGUCUCUUUUGUGGAUUUGGAUGGGUGAAUGCAAUCGGCAUAUUCCAAGAGUACUACCAGCAUAACCAACUGCGCAACUACUCUGCCUCCAGUAUCUCCUGGAUCCUCUCGCUUGAACCCUUUGUCCUUUUCGCGGCAGGAAUUGUCCUGGGACGAGUCUUCGACAACUAUGGCCCCAGAUGGAUGCUCGUCAUCGGCACAUUCCUGCACGUCUUCGGUCUGAUGAUGAUCUCCAUCUCCAGCGAGUACUAUCAACUCCUCCUGGCACAAGGUAUCUGCAGUCCCCUAGGUGCCAGCUUCGUCUUCUACCCGGCCUCUGCCUGCACGGCGACCUGGUUUGACAAGCGCCGCGCCCUGGCCUUCGGAAUCAUGUCUAGCGGCUCCUCGAUCGGCGGCGUCGUCUUCCCAGCCAUGCUGUCGCGGCUGCUACCUCGGGUUGGAUUUGGUUGGUCCCUGCGCAUUGCGGCAUUUGUGGUGCUUGCGCUGCUCAUCGUGGCGAAUCUCACUGUGCGAUCGCGGAUUGCGCCUGUCCCGAGACGAAUCCGAUUCAGUGAUUAUGUUGGGCCGUUUACGGAGGUACCAUUUGUGUUGCUCAUGGUAGCGGCUUGCUUGGGAUUCUGGGCGAUGUUUGUGCCGAUCAAUUAUGUGAUUCUGGAGGCACAGGAGGAUGGAGUCUCUCGCAAUCUGGCGGAGUAUCUGCUGACGAUCUUAAACGCAGCUAGUCUGCCUGGUCGGAUCCUCCCCGGAUACUUUGGCGACAAACUGGGCCGGUUCAACGUGAUGAUCGCCAUGUGCGCUCUCUCUGCUCUGACAAUCCUUGUGCUCUGGAUCCCUGGGACACUGCUGGCUCCAGGCUCCGCAGCUGUCUAUGUUAUCUUUAGCUUACUGUACGGCUUCGCUUCUGGUGCCUUUGUCGGUAUGGUGCCUGCGCUCCUCAGCCAGAUCACGGAAGAUAUGACCAAGACGGGUGUGAGACAGGGCGUGCUAUACACUUGCAUGAGUAUUGCGACGUUGACGGGGAGCCCAAUUGCAGGAGCGAUAUUGAGUCGACAACAGGGAAAAUACUGGGGUCUGCAGGUCUUCGCAGGAGUCAUGAUGGUGGGAAGUGUGGUGUUUUUCAUCAUUGCGAGAGUGGUGUUGGGGGGAGCGUCAUUGAAAAAGAGGCUGUAA